AUGGCCGGUGUAUUUGGUGAUUCUUCGCUGUUUGACGAGUUUGAUAAAGAACGGCCGUCAGUGGCUACGUUUAUAUCCUAUAACCAAAACGAAAGAGGGGAAGAUGACACCAGCAAAAUAGUUUUUCAUUGUCCAGAUUCGAAUUCGGAUUCUUCCGAUUGGGAGCAAGAAACCGAAGAAGGACAAGUGGACACUACGGAAACGAAGGUUGGUAAAGAUGAACAAGAAGAAAUGGACGAAAGCGAUGACGAAGCAAAUGAGGAUGGUAAAGGUUUUCAGAAAAAAGCUAAAAAAGGCUCUAGCACAAAUGGAGAAGUUCAUUUAGGUGCCUUAAAACAUACAAAUCAUCAGCUUCAAUUUGAACGAGAAAAACUACGUAAAUUUAUUCGGAAAAUUGAUUCAUCCAGAUGUGUACCAGAUGAAGAGUCUCCUACCAUCCAGAUCCUUUACCAAAAUAAUGACUUUUCAAGAAAGUACAGAGCACAGAUUGAGAGCUUUGUUAACAACCUCAUCUCUGAACACAUUAAAGAUCAAUCGAAUGAAAAGUUGCCUGUCUUGCAAUUAAAAGCCUCAACAUUGACAUGUGUGGACUUAAAUGAAGACUUAAAUACAGAGCAAAGAAACCAUGCCAUGUGGACAAACCAUGCUAUCAUUGGUACAUCUCAUUACUAUAUCGAUUUCCAAGUGGACACUACUGGUUGGCCUUUGGUAGACAUGAAUCCAUCACUGACACAUAGUUGGGACAUACCCAAAUAUGAGCAAGUAUUUUUUGAUCCGAUUCCUAUAGAAGUAGAUGAAGAAGGAGACAAACCAAAGGGUUCCAGGCCUGAGAGGAGAAAGCCUCAGUGUUUUAACUGUGGAGGUGAUCAUAUGAUGAAUGAAUGCAAAGAGAAGAAAGAUUAUUCUCGUAUACGUAUGAAUCGACAAAAUUUCAUGCAGAAUUCCCAAAGUGGUGGUGGUCCUCAGAAAAAUUCCCGUUACCAUGCAGAUACUGACCAUCGAUUUGCUGCCUUUAAACCAGGUACAAUUAGUGACUCUCUUAGAGUAGCUUUGGGUUUGGAUUCUGCUUCUGUUCCAAUGUACAUCUAUCGUAUGCGGCUCUAUGGUUACCCUCCUGGAUGGUUAGAAGAAGCAAAAACUAAAACUGCUUCUGGAAUGACCAUGUUUGACAAACAUGGAAGACAGAUUAGUGUUACAGGUGAAACCCUCGAGGAAGGUGAAUUGGAACCAACUGUUUCUGGAGAUGCUGAAAUUGAUCCUUCUCUCAUUAUUGAAUAUCCUGGAUUUACUGUACCAUUGCCUCAAGAAGCAUAUGAUGAACACAUGGAAUAUGAUAUGCCUCCCCUUCAAACACAUCAGUUGAAAGAUACAUUAGUCUCAUAUCAAUCAUCUACAAAGCGCAAAGGAGAAAGCUAUAAAAAUGAAAAUGCCAAGAAAUCUCGACAUUACGAAACAGGUAGUGAAAUGGAUUUAGAUGAUGACAAUGAAGGAAGUUUUCCUGAUUACUAUGACCUGGCUAAUCCUAAGAUAGAAGACACAAGCUGUUUCAUUCCACCUCUGCCAUCUGACACUCCUCCAUCCCGGCCACCUCUGCCAAAUGAGACUCCUCCCUCAUCUGGUUCUGACUUCAAGUUUUCUCCUAAGAACCCGAUGCCAGAGCCUGCCCGACGGAGGACUCCAUUGUGUUUGCCACAACCCAAGUCAGAUGCCUACUUCAGUUCCGAUUCUCUUGAGGACCUUGAGGCUCAGUACAGGUCACUUCAGAAACAGUUGCAAGAUGAAGACUCAGACAGUGAGCCCAGCUCUGAUAGUCAAGUGAAAGCAGCUGAACCAAACCCAGCUGAAUUAGUCAACCCUGUUGUUUUGUCAAGUGAUGAGAGCAGUCAUGCCCCUUCAGAUACAGGUUCAUCAUCUUCAGCCUACACCUCUUUAUGCCAGUCUGUUGGCAGAGACUAUGGCACACCAGUGCUGCACAACAAAGGAAGUUUCACUGCUUUACCAGAAAGGGCCAAUUUCUCUGUUGGCAUUCAAGACCACAUACCAUUUGAAAACUUACCUCAGUCAACAGGCACCUAUGACCGUAUGAGGAAGCUGUUCAUUAAAAUUAAGCAAACUCUCUCUGCAAAUAACAGCAAAACAAAAAAAUCUUGA